AAUAAAAGAAAAGAAAAAACCAACUGUUGGUUUUCCAAAUUUUCACAACACUGUAACAAACAACAUUUGUAUCUCGCCCAAAUCCCCUUCGAUCAAAUCGCUCAUCCCCUUAUAGCCCUUCUCUGUAGAAAUUUUCGAUCAUCACUCAAAUUGGAAUCCAUAAUUGUCCAAUUAGCUCAAGAAAUUUGUAGAAAAGGGGGAAUUUUUCAACGAUGGCGAACUUGUACGUGCGGGCGGCGCCGACGACGGAUCUGAAUCGGAACACGGAGUGGUUCACGUACCCCGGUGUGUGGACCACCUACAUCCUCAUAUUGUUCUUUUCGUGGCUGGUCGUGCUUUCUGUCUUCGGCUGCUCUCCGGGCAUGGCGUGGACGACCGUCCAUCUCUCUCAUUUCGUUGUCACAUAUCACUUCUUUCACUGGAAGAAAGGAACACCUUUUGCAGAUGAUCAGGGUAUUUAUAAUAGAUUGACUUGGUGGGAGCAGAUAGACAGCGGCAAGCAGCUCACACGCAACAGGAAGUUUUUGACUGUUGUGCCAGUGGUGCUGUACUUGAUUGCAUCACACACUACAGAUUAUCAGCACCCUAUGCUGUUUUUGAAUACACUUGCCGUUUUUGUUCUUGUCGUGGCCAAGUUUCCGCAUAUGCACAAAGUUCGUAUAUUUGGAAUUAAUGCCGAUCAGUAAGGCUUUUUGAUCCAUUAAUUAACGGUACCCUUAGCUCUUAUGUUUUGGCCUAUACAAGCAUCACUGUGUAUGUGUGCUACUCAGAAACUUGGAAAAGAUAGUAUCACUUUGUCAAAUAUUAUUAAGUGCUACCUCCCUUGCUUGCUCACUCACUGUAUGAACUUUUUGUACAAACAAGUCGAAUUCUGAAAUUUUCGCAUAAGCUUAUUAUAAAUUUUUCCUUGUAUUUUUCACUCUUACCUAGCAGAAACAUGAGCACAGCAUGUUUUCUAUAAUCUGCUAUUUACUGAGUUGGAUGAUUUUCCAGGUGGUGUUAUAAAGCCUGUUUGUCAAUUGCUUAUGUAAGGGUGUUUUUAGGUAGAAAGCUUUUAGAUUUUCACUUGGAACUCUAAAACAGUUGAUAUUAGAUGUGUUAAUUCUUGUUUAAACUAUCUUCAUUUAUUUACAAG